AAUGUCUAAAUCCCCUAUCUCUCAAUUGUUCACUCCCUGGUACAAACAAAACUUCAUCCCUCAAUACAAAAAAAAAAUGGAUGUCAUCUAAACUUAAAUCUCUCUUUCAUCGAUUCUCAUGCGUGUCUUUUAUCACGUUCCUUCUCUCUUGUUUAUAAUCAUUCCUUUUAAAGCUCAUUCUCUCAAUCGUUCCUUCUCUCUCACUCAUCUCUGUUGUUGGUAUCUCUCGUGUUAGACUAUCUCUGCUUUAUCUCUGUCCGUGAGACUCUCUCGAUUGUCUAUAUGCUCGAUUAAAUCGUUGCUCUCAAUAAUUAAUUUUGGCUUGCGAAGGUGUGAUAGGCGACCAUUUCAAAAUAAUUCUUCAUACGUUUUUAAGAAUGCUCAGCUUCUUCAAAAGCUUUAAUGAUUAAGAAGACAAAAAGGGAAGAUCCACCAUAUUUUACAUUUCUCUCUGCCCAAAACAAAAUGAUGGUUGAUGAAGGUGGAGGCUACACAGUAGAUGAUGCUCUUGUGGCUUUAGGUUUUGGAAAAUUUCAAAUUCUGGUGCUUGUUUACGCUGGCAUUGGAUGGAUAUCAGAGGCAAUGGAAAUGAUGCUACUAUCUUUUGUAGGACCUGCAGUUGAAUCUGCAUGGAAUCUUUCCUCUCAUGAAGAAAGCUUCAUUACUAGUGUUGUUUUUGCUGGCAUGUUAAUUGGGGCUUACUCAUGGGGCAUUGUUGCAGAUCAACAUGGAAGGAGGAAAGGAUUCCUUAUCACAGCAACAGUUACUGCUACGGCCGGUUUUCUGAGUUCUUUUGCUCCUAACUACAUAUCAUUAAUUCUCCUUCGUUCACUGGUUGGUCUUGGUUUGGGAGGUGGCCCUGUGUUAUCAUCAUGGUUUCUAGAGUUUGUUCCAGCUCCCAAUAGAGGUACCUGGAUGGUUGUUUUUUCAGCAUUUUGGACUGUUGGUACAAUUUUUGAAGCAUCACUUGCAUGGAUUGUGAUGCCAAAACUGGGUUGGAGAUGGCUUCUUGGACUAUCUUCUCUUCCCACAUCUUUCCUUCUUCUGUUCUACAAAAUGACACCAGAGUCACCAAGAUACCUAUGCUUGAAAGGUAGAACAACUGAUGCAAUUAAUGUUUUGGAGACAAUAGCUAGACUAAAUGGCACAAAACUUCCUUCUGGUGUCCUUAUUUCUGACCAUCAAAUUGAGCUACAAACAAUUGACAACCCCUCAGAAGACACAGUUUUACUGUCCCCAAGAAAAAAUGAAGAUGAAACUCCUAAAGGAAUGGUUUCUAAUAUAGGUGGUAUCUCAUCACUUCAAGUGCUACUGUCACCCAAAUUAACAAAGUCAACCCUUCUAUUAUGGGCAGUAUUUUUUGGUAAUGCUUUUUCAUAUUACGGCCUUGUUUUGCUGACCUCUGAGUUGAACGGACAUAGUAAAUGUAUGCCACAUAAAUUGCAGACAGAGAAGCCACGGGAUGUAAGUUACAAAGGUGUUUUUAUUGCUAGUUUUGCAGAGCUACCUGGGCUCCUCUUGUCAGCUGUAGCAGUGGAUAAACUCGGUCGUAAGCUAUCAAUGUCAUCCAUGUUCUUCAUGUGUUGUAUUUUCCUUCUCCCAUUAAUAUUCUAUCUGCCUGAAAGCCUAACAACGAGCCUUUUAUUUGGAGCUCGCGUAUGCAUCACAGUAACCUUCACAAUUGUGUAUAUUUAUGCCCCAGAGAUAUACCCCACAUCGGUCAGAACAACUGGUGUCGGAAUCGCAAGCUCAGUGGGUAGAAUUGGUGGAAUGUUGUGUCCAUUGGUAGCAGUGGGUUUAGUACAUGGAUGUCAUCAAACUAUAGCUGUCCUUCUGUUUGUAAUUGUAGCUCUUGUUUCAGGAAUAUGUGUUAUGUUCUUUCCGGUUGAGACCAUGGGCCAAGAACUUCAAGAUACUGUGUCAAGUCUAAAACACACUGACAACGUGUAGUCAUGAAAACAUGACAAACAAAUUACUGCUCACCCCUUGAGGAAGAAAAGGAGAGGGUGAGUAUGUCUUAUCUCAUUAUAUAUGAACUAUUUUGGUCUUUUGACAUAUAAUUUCAAUAUACAUGAACUAUUUCAGUUAUUCGUUUGUACACAAUUUUAUACUAUUUUAAAUAUAUAUUUGGAAGCAUAUUUUUGAGUAAA